CUGCUGAACCCAGAAGACGACCUCCAUCCUGGGAAGAUCAGGGACAGUAAUCGCUCCACCCUGCUGGCCACUAUCCAGGAACACGGUUACCCAACCAUCAAUCUGGGCAUCGUGGGAGACAACCCCGAUGACCUUCUCAACGCUCUGAAUGAAGGCAUCAGCCGUGCUGAUGUCAUCAUCACCUCAGGAGGAGUGUCCAUGGGAGAGAAGGACUACCUUAAGCAGGUGCUGGAUAUUGAUCUUCAUGCUCAGAUCCAUUUUGGUCGUGUUUUCAUGAAACCAGGUCUCCCAACAACAUUUGCCACCUUGGACAUGGACGGUGCUCGCAAACUAAUCUUUGCCCUCCCAGGAAACCCCGUGUCCGCUGUUGUCACCUGUAAUCUUUUUGUCAUCCCUGCCUUGAGGAAGAUGCAGGGCAUUUUGGACCCUAGGCCCACCAUCAUCAAAGCGAGGUUGUCUUGUGAUGUGAAGUUGGACCCUCGCCCUGAAUACCACCGCUGCAUUCUGACAUGGCAUCACCAGGAGCCUCUGCCGUGGGCACAGAGCACAGGGAACCAGGUGAGCAGCAGGCUGAUGAGCAUGCGCAGUGCCAACGGGCUCCUGAUGCUACCUCCGAAAACAGAGCAAUACGUGGAGCUGCACAAGGGCGAGGUGGUCGACGUCAUGGUCAUCGGCCGGCUAUGAUGUCACCACAGAGGGACGGAGCGUCGGCGUCAUAUAGCGAGGGUUGGAAUGGGUGGUUCACGGUGCAUGUCCACAUAUCAUUGACUAUUCUGUAAUAUGCAACGGCACAGCUAGUUUUUAUUGAUUUGGAUAACGUUGAGGUAUAGUCAACAUCUUGAUCACAACCUAGAUACAUAUGAAAAAAUUAAUUUAAAAAGAUUAUAGUAUUUCAAACAAAGAAAAAUAUAACUUUUAAUGAAAAAAUCUAAUUAUAAAAAGAGAUUUAUUCUGUAAUAUAUUAUUAUGAUUAUUCUUAUUAUUAUUAUCAUUAUUCUUCUUAUUAUCAUUAUUAUAUUAAGGCAACUUCGUUCCUUUCAUUGCAAUUGCUUUGUGUGUUCAAUGCUAGACCUUAUCUAUAGCAGUAGCAUUUUAAUAGACAGCUGUAGGUGCCUGCCAGGACAAAAAAAGAAAAUUAUUAUUUUCUCAUCUUUAGUGGAAAAAAAAAUAAUCUGUUUUUUGAAAAUGAAGAAAACAUUGAGGAAGACUCCAGAUUUCCCACGGUGCUCAGCUAAAAGGAAGAGGGGGCACAUCAAGACCACUUCCUCUUUUGAGCGCCCAUCAAGGUGACACUUCUGUUUUUCUCUCAUUAGUAUGCAUCAUAAUGGCUUCACAAAGAGCUUUGCUUGUUGUUUAUCUUGUGAGUCUUGUUUAUGUGCGCAGUGCCAAAUGCCUGGGCAGGGAAGAGGUGAUGUGGGGAUGGGGAGGUGGGGGGGGCGCACCCCAGUCUGCCCAGACCCUGAAGCUUCCUUAUAUUCACGGUGACCGGGUGUAAACUCCGUCCCAAACCCCCCCAGGGGCGAGCUUAACCCGGGAAAAAUAAUCUUUUAUUUGAUCAACUAUUUAAGAAUAAAAAAAAAAAGAGAAAGAAAAGAAACAGCUUCUUUAAGUGCUGACAGCCUUUUUAACCAACUUCACAAAAAAUGUACAGAAAAAAAUAAGAACCAUAUUGUACAGAUAUAUGUGACCAGCACUCCUAAGGAAAUUAUUAAGCAAUGAGGAGACAUUGAACAACGCUGUACUAUAACAUUUUCUGUAAUGAUAUGAAACUGAUGAAAGAGACUAAGAUAAUAA